UUAUUUGUGCUGACCACAGCGCCGCCGAAGAGAGGAAGGUGGGAUGACGUCAAUGGAGCUGAUCCGCGGCGGCGACGACCUGACGAUGGUCCGCAUCGUGCCGCCCCAGACCAAGACAUUUGCCUUUGAGGCGACCAAGGGCGCGUACCUCUUCUCGAUCGACGUGAGCGGCUCCAUGAACGCCGCGGCGGAGGUGCAGCAGGAGGACGGCGACAAGGUCAACCACGGCUGGUCGCAGCUCGACAUCGCCAAGCACUCGACCAACACGUUUGUCACGUCGCUCGAGGACGACGACCUCGUGUGCAUCAUCACCUACUCGGACGGCGCCACCACGCUGCUCGACUGGACGCGGUGCGACAGCGCGGGCAAGGAGAAGGCCAUGGAGGCGAUCGCGUCGAUGAAGCCCGAGCGGUCCACCAACCUGAUGGCGGGGCUCACGAACGCCUACGACGCCUUCUCGCGCGUCCCCAUCGCGGCGGGGACGCUCAGCCAGUACGCGCUCAACAUCAUCAUCACGACCGACGGGAUGCCGUCGGCGCAGUGGAACCCCGCGCGCGGCAAGAACGGGUACAAGCCGCUCGUCCGCACGCUCUCCAAGGCGGCGGAGAAGCGCGCCGGCGUCGCCGGCCGGAUCACGCUCACCUCCAUCGGCCUCGGCUGCAAGCUCGACUCGGAGCUGCUGGCGGGCAUGUCGGACCAGUUCCUGCACAUGCCCGACCCCGGCUCGGUCGGGCCCUUCAUGGUGAACCUCCUCGCCGCGCUGCGCUGCACCGCGCGCCUCCCGACCAAGGACGGCGUCGUCGCGUCGCACGCGACGCUCGUCGUCUCGCCGCGGAGCGCGCUCGCCGGCCCGCUCCCCGGCUACGGCGCGGCCGACCCGGCCGAGGGCGAGGCGGCCCAGGUUGCGCUCGGCUGGAUCGGCUACGACCAGCCCCGCCACGUGCUGCUCCCGCUCGUCCGCGGCUCCCCCGCCAUCACCGUCUCGCUGCACGUCUCGGGCACGACGGUGGCGUCGGCCUCGUCGGCGGACGCCGUCGCCGCCAACGAGGAGCAGGCGCGGCGCGUCGCCGCGCAGCUGCUGCGGCUGAAGACGGUGGACGCGCUCGGCGAGAUUGUCGUGCGCUCCCCGGCCGGGAUCCCCUCGCCGCAAGCGACGCCGCUGACCAACCUCCUCGAGGCCUGCGAGCGCUCGAUCGCAAAGGCCGAGCCCGACGUCGAGGCGCUCGUCGCGACGCUCCAGCAGGAGGCGGUCCUCGCCUUGAAGCCGCCCGAGCCGGGCGACUCGAGCGUCUACUCCAUCUGGGGCGCGCACUACUUCCGUACCUUCCGGCUCAUGCUCCUCGCCGAGCGCCGCUCCAACUUCCGCGACCAGGCGCUACAGCACUUUGGCAAGGACGCCGACGGGCAAGAGGGCGUCUUCGAGGAGCAGUCCAACGAGGCGGAGACCGCCUUCGCGACCAUGAAGGCGCCGGAGCCGUCGCUGCUCGUGCAGCCGGGCGCGCCCGCCGCGCUCGGCGUGCCCGUCGCCGUCGGCGGCAGCGCGCCGUGCGCGCCGGCCCCAGUUCUCCCGGCCGAGUUCAUGCGCGGCGGCGGCUGCUUCGCGCCGGAGACCCUCGUCACCGCCCUCGGCGCCGACGGCGCCCCCUGCCGCGUGCCGAUCGACGCGGUCGGGCCGGGCGACGCGCUUCUCGCGGCGGACGGCUCCGUGGCGCGCGUCCGCUGCGUCGUGGUCACGCCGUGCGCCGGCGGCCGCGUGAUGCUCACGCGCAUGCCUUGCGGCCUCGAGCUCACCGAGUGGCACCCAGUGCUCGACGGCGCGGCGGACGGCGCGCCCCGCUGGCGUUUCCCGCUGCUGCUCGGCCGCCGCGUGAUCCGCCGCUGCGCCGCCGUGCACAACUUGCUGCUCGACCGCGCGCACGCGCUGGAGGUCACCGGCCCGGAGGGCGGCGCCGGCCGCGUCGCGCCCACGCUCGCUCACGGGCUGCAGGGCGAGGUCGUCGGCCACGCGUUCUGGGGGAGCGCGGCGGUGGUCGACAUGCUCCGCGAGCAGCCCGGCUGGGAGGAGGGGCGCGUCGUCCUCCUCGACCAGGCGGCCGCCGAGCCCACUCUCGUGCACGAGGCGGCCAGGGCCGUGCCCGCGACCGCCUGACUUGCGGUGCUCCGGCGCCCGCAUGAUCCCGGCUUCGAGCUCGUCCACCGAUGGGCCGCCGCUUGGCUGAUGUGUUGAUGAUGAAGCGAGUGCCCGGGCUGGUUCUCUGUCGCACAAGGACGAGGCGCUCCACGUCUCGCAUCUAGAUAGCCUCUAAGCCCCGUACGUCGUCGAACCGCGCUGAAACCUGAAUUCUGCGCGUGUUUCCCUGCACGCUUUUUUGUCGGUCUCGUCUGUGUGUGUGAUUGUGCCGGUUGCGUUCUCUAGUACUGACGCAAGCGCACGAGCGCGCGCGAGUGUCGAGAACCGCACACCUUACUCCUGUCUCCUCGCACUACCACUAGCGCUUCGCACGCGCGACGCGGCGUCGACCGUCGUCCCCCGCGCCGCCGCGCCCCUCGCCCCACGCACGAGCGACGAGGCCCUGCUCUGAGCUCCUCUCGUCACCGCCACGACCAUCUCAAUCUCUCACAUAGAGAAUGCGCCAGGAGCAACCGCGGUGCCGGUCCCCACUGACGCCUCUCAAGCUCUCUCUCUCUUCUCUCGCUCUCUCGCCAGACAUUCACCGCAGGACGUCGCACCACAUCUCUCCAGUCCCGGUCGCCGGCCGUCUCGGCGACCGGCGUGGGCGAGGACCGGGCUAGGGCUGGCUCGAGGGGAUGCGGCAGAGGUACCAGAGCCACGGG